GCGGCUCUCCACCCUGGGCCCAGGGCACCUGAGCUUGAUCCUGGAGCUAAUCGUUGGGGAGGAGAGGAAGGACGGUGGUAAGAGGCAGGAUGGCCAAGCGGGGUGUGGGACGGAGAGCGGGUCAGCUGUGAUCAAUUUUUUUUUGGCCGAGCAGCCCCUUUGCCUUCCUUCAUCCCUCGUUACCCACCUUACCAGUAUCCCUCUUCCUCAUCCCUUUGUUUCGCCUCUUGGGUGCUGCGCUGCUGGCAAGAACUUAACCAGCUUCUUUGCCAGUCAUCUUUGGCAUUCCCUGGUGUGUCUGCAGCCACUGGACUUCUCAAUGUGCUCCUCGCUACCGAGCGAUUCCACAGUGGGAAGCGGCUGUGCGGGUUUUCCUUCACUUUGCUGGGUCUCCAAGAUGGCGACCGUGAAGCGUCACCUAGUCACGAACCUCACUGCAGAGAAGGCCGUUCAUCAUCCUGAGAUCUCCAUGAUAGGAACUGGAUCGGUCGGGCCGGCUUGGGCAGUCAGCAUCUUAUUAAAAGGUAUCUUAACCUACAUAGUCUGGAAGCUGAGUGCAUUUCCCAAAAUCUGUGUCAUUGGGAGUAGCUGUAAUCUGGACACUGCCCGUUUCCGUUUCUUUAUUGGGCAGAGGCUUGGUAGCCACCCUGAAAGCUGCCAUGGGUUGGUCCAUGGAGAGCACGGAGACUCAAGCGUUCCUGUGUGGAGUGGAGUGAACAUUGCUGGGGUCCCACUGAAAGAUCUGCACCCUGAUGUAGGAACUGAUAAAGAUCCUGAGCAGUGGGGAGAUGUUCAUAAACAAGUAGUUUCCAGUGGGUAUGAAAUGCUUAAAAAGAAAGGAUAUACUUCUUGGGGUGUUGCUUCAUCUGUAACUGAUUUAACAGAAAGUAUUUUGAAGAAUCUUAGGAGAGCGCAUCCAGUUUCUACUAUAAGGGUCUCUGGAAUAAAUGAAGUAUUCCUUAGUGUUCCUUGCAUCCUGGGAGAGAAUGGCAUUAUAGAGGUCAUAAAGGUAAAGUUGACCCCUGAAGAGGAGGCCCUUCUAAAGAGAGCAGAAAUUCUUUGGAAAAUUCAGAAGGAGGUCAAGCUUUGAAGUUGC